AUGGCAUUCAUAUACCAGUAUCGGGGCUUGCGACGAUACGUGAACGAGCUGGUCGAUGACGCCAGUCGUGCCCAGCACGAGUCAUCUUCCUCUGAUCACGCAUCGCCGCAGCCUCUUGGACACCCACCGAGUAAGAUCAGAGAUCCCUCUCAAAUCCCUGGAAUUUCCUUGAAAUCGGAUUGUAACGGUGAAAAGUACUAUGAGGUAUCUUGGGCAACCCACGAUCCCUUCAACCCGCAGGAAUGGUCGCAUGCCCGCCGAGUCGCCUCCACAAUGUGUGUCUGCCUGAUCGCCUUGGUCACCACCAUGGCAUCAGCGAUCGAUUCCGCCGUUCUGACCGAAGCUUCCCGGCACUUUGGAGUUUCCCAAGUCGCCGAAUCACUCGCAACUGGCCUGUACCUCAUUGGCUUCGGAGUCGGUGCGCUUAUUGCCAGUCCCAUGUCUGAAAUCGUUGGCCGAUUCCCCGUCUACAUUGGCGCUUUGAUUAUCUUCGGAUCCUGGAUUCUCGGUGCUGCGUUAGCUCCGAAUUUCGGGUCACAGUUGGUCUUCCGCUUCCUCGCGGGACUCUGUGGUUCUGCGCCUCUGACUGUUGCGGGUGGUUCGAUUUCCGACGUGUGGAGUACGCUGGAGAAAACCUUCGGGUUCCCCAUCUUUGCAAUCCCCGGGUUUGGCGGGCCUAUCCUUGGACCCGUUGUCGGAGCAUACAUCGGUUACAGUCCCCACAUCAGUUGGAGGUGGGCUGAAUGGAUCAUGCUCAUUUUUGACGGUCUGGUGAUAGGCAUCAUCUUUCUCUUCAAGCGCGAGACCUUUGCACCUCAACUCCUGUACUACAAAGCCAAGUUCUUCCGCGAAGCGACCGGAGAUGCGCGGUUCAAGACAGCCGGCGAGGCGUCGGGAUCGGGAAGCCUGCUGCCCGUGUUGAAGAGGAACUUCACUCGUCCUUGGCUACUUCUCAUGGAGCCAAUCGUGAUCUUCUUCACGUUUUACUUGACAGUUGUCUACAUUGUCCUGUUCACGUUCCUGGACGGAUAUGUCUACAUCUUCGCCGAUACAUACGGAAUCAACGAAGGCCUAGCCAACAUUUGCUUUCUGGGACUUUUCAUUGGGAUCCUCACCAGCAUGGUCCUCGUCCCUAUCCUUUAUCGCAAAACAGCCAAACAGUUGCGAGACGCUGGUGAUGACGGCUCCGGUCGCAUGAUAGACAGAGAGUCGCGUCUCUUCUUCGCGCAAAUCGGAGCCCCAGCCAUUCCGAUCGGUCUUUUCUGGAUGGGAUGGACUGACUAUCCUUCCAUCGCUAUUUGGUCUCCCCUAGCCGCCUCGAUCGCCGUAGGUUUCGGAGUCAUCUGUAUCUUCCUCUCAGCCUACAUGUAUAUUAUAGACUCCUAUCAGCAGUACGCGGCGUCUGCACUGACCUUCGUGGCACUGGUUCGGUAUCUGGCUGCGGGCGGAAUGACGGUGGUCGGAAUCCCGAUGUAUUCGAAUCUUGGCACUCAUUGGACGCUCACUGUUCUUGGGAUCAUCAGUGCGGUGGCUGCACCCAUUCCCUACGUACUGACCUUCUGGGGUCCUUGUCUGCGGAAGAGGAGUAAGUGGGCCACAGCUAUUUCGGCUUGA